AUGACCAACCCUCACGAACAAGAAUUUAAACGGCAUGCAGAUGAACCUCAACCUAGCCAUGAGGCCAGACAAAAAGCUAUGUCGGAGGAGCAAAAUAUUUCGGGUUUAAAGCUUGCCAUAGUCAUGGUGGCAAUUGUCAGCGCCAUGUUCCUUGUUGCAUUGGACCGAACCAUCAUCGCGACAGCAGUUCCUCGAAUCUCCGAUCAGUUCCAUGCUAUCAAUGACAUCAGUUGGUAUGCUAGUGCCUAUCUCCUGACGAGCUGUACGACCCAGCUUUUCUGGGGGCGCAUCUAUACCUUCUAUUCAACAAAAAUUCUCUUUGUAGUAGCUGUGGUGGUAUUUGAGGUCGGUUCCAUACUUUGUGGUGCAGCACCAAGCUCUGAAGUAUUCAUUAUUGGGCGAGCGAUUGCAGGAGUUGGUUCCGCAGGAAUUUUCAACGGGUCAACAAUCAUUAUCUCGCAAGUAGUUCCUUUACACAAGCGCCCAUUAUUUGUCGGUCUCAUAGGAUCUACGUUUGGUGUAUCAUCAAUUAUCGGACCGUUGCUUGGGGGAGCAUUCACUGAUAAUGCAACAUGGAGAUGGUGCUUUUACAUCAACCUUCCCAUUGGAGGUCUAACUCUAGUUAUUGUGGCUUUCUUUCUUCAAGCACCGCGUCGAUCUACAACAGCUUCUCUAAAACGACAAUUGAUCCGUCUCGAUCCAAUCGGAACAGUAUUAGUGUUUUCAAGCAUUAUUCUAUUUUUGCUUGCGCUUCAGUGGGGUGGAACCACUUAUGCUUGGGACAGUGGGCGCAUUAUUUCCUUGCUAAUCCUAGCAGGUGUAAUGUUUCUCGCUUUUGCGGCUGUUCAGAUUUGGCGAAAAGAGGACGCCACAAUCCCGCCACGGAUCAUUAAGAACCGCAGUAUCCUGCUUGGUGCAAUCUUUACAUCUUGCAUAUCCGGUGCUAUGAUUUCUAUCUUAUACACUCUGCCACUCUGGUUUCAAGGGGUCAAAAACCGGAAUGCAGUGCAAUCAGGUAUUGAUAAUAUCCCGAUGGUGCUAUCUCUGGUUAUUGCCAGUAUUCUCUCGGGAGCAGCGGUCUCACACACAGGAUACUAUGUCCCAUUUAUGCUUGUCUCGUCAAUCUUCAUGGCGAUUGGUGCCGGCAUGAUCACCACCUUCAAGGUAGACACGGGCCAUCCAGCAUGGAUCGGGUAUCAAGUCCUGUUCGGUCUAGGUCUAGGCUCAGGGAUGCAGCAGCCCACAUUGGCUGCACAGACAGUUUUGGAUCAAGCCGAUGUCUCUAUUGGUGUUGCAAUAAUGUUUUUCUUUCAGUCCCUCGGUGGCGGUGUUUUUGUGGCGGUUUCUCAGAACCUAUACACCAACUACCUGACAGAUAAGCUGCUCAUGGUUUCUGGCAUUGACUCAAAGGCUAUUUUAGAGGCUGGUGCAACCGAUCUAGUGAGAAUGAUACCAGUAGAGAAGCUCGACGUCGUACUAGUGAUCUACAAUACGGCUCUUCACAGAGCUUUCUUUGUCCCGUUGGGCUUAUCAUGCGCGAUGGCCCUACCGGCACUAGGGAUGGAAUGGCGCAAUGUGAAACUCGAAAGCGAGAGACGAGAAAAGGAGAAACUGGGUCCGAACCAGGAGACGGAGCAGCCGGCGGCGGAAACUCCGCGCAUCGAGAAAGGCAAAUAA